AUGCAGGCACCGGUGGUGGUAAUGAACACCAAUGCUGGUGAUAGACAGGUUGGUCGGAAAGCACAGCUCUCGAACAUCGCCGCUUCUAAGACUGUUGCGGACAUCAUCCGAUCAUGUCUCGGUCCCAAGGCCAUGUUGAAGAUGCUUCUCGACCCGAUGGGCGGUAUUGUGUUGACCAACGAUGGACAUGCUAUUCUGAGAGAGAUUGAGGUGUCGCACCCCGCGGCAAAGAGCAUGAUUGAGCUCAGCCGCACUCAGGAUGAGGAGGUCGGAGAUGGAACUACGACUGUUAUUAUCCUUGCCGGUGAAAUGCUUGCUCAGGCUCUCCCCCAACUCGAACGCAACAUCCACCCUGUCGUUAUUAUCUCGGCCUUUAAGCGUGCUCUCGCUGACGCACUUGCCAUCGUGGAGGAGGUUUCGGUACCCGUCGACAUCAAUGAUGACAAGGCCAUGUACACCCUUAUUCAUUCUUCCAUUGGAACCAAAUUCGUGUCGAGAUGGUCGGAACUUAUGUGCAGCUUGGCAUUGAAGGCCGUCCGAACGGUUUCCUUCGACGCCGGUGGUGGAAAGCAAGAGGUUGACAUUAAGCGCUACGCUCGUAUUGAGAAGAUUCCUGGUGGACAGAUCGAGGACAGCGAGGUUAUCGACGGUGUCAUGGUCAACAAGGAUAUCACCCACCCCAAGAUGCGGAGGAGAAUAGAAAACCCCCGAAUUCUCUUGCUUGACUGCCCGUUGGAGUACAAGAAGGGAGAGUCCCAAACGAACAUUGAGAUUACCAAGGAGGAUGACUGGAACCGGAUUCUGCAGAUUGAGGAGGAGCAAGUGAAGCACAUGUGUGAUGCUAUUUUGGCUGUCAAGCCCGACGUUGUCAUCACCGAGAAGGGUGUUUCCGACCUUGCACAGCACUUCUUUAUGAAGGCCAACAUUACAGCUCUUCGCCGUGUGAGAAAGACCGACAACAACCGUAUUGCCAGAGCCACCGGCGCAACCAUUGUCAACCGUGUCGACGACAUCCAGGAAUCCGACGUCGGAACACAGUGUGGACUUUUCGAGAUUGAGAAGAUCGGUGAUGAAUAUUUCACUUUCAUGAGAAAAUGCAAGACUCCCAAGGCUUGCACCAUUCUCCUGCGCGGUCCUUCCAAGGACAUCCUGAACGAGAUCGACCGAAACUUGCAGGACGCCAUGUCCGUUGCCAGAAACGUCAUCUUCCACCCCCGACUGUCCCCCGGUGGUGGUGCCAUUGAAAUGGCCGUUUCCGUCAAAUUGGGCGAGCUCGCCAAGUCCAUCGAGGGUGUUCAACAGUGGCCCUACAAGGCCGUGGCUGAUGCCAUGGAGGUUAUUCCCCGUACAUUGGCCCAGAACGCUGGUGCUAGCCCCAUCCGUGUCCUUACCCGCAUGAGGGCCAAGCACGUUGAGGGCCAGACCACCUGGGGUCUCGACGGUGACUCGGGUGCUUUGGUUGACAUGAAGGAGUACGGCGUCUGGGAGCCUGAAGCUGUCAAGCUCCAGAGUAUUAAGACAGCUGUCGAGUCGGCUUGCCUACUCCUCCGUGUGGAUGAUAUCUGCAGCGGCAAGACCGCGCAGCAGGCUGGCGCUGGUGUUGGCGGUGGAGAUGAAUAA